GUUAAUUCACAAGCAUGACAAUUGUAGGCGAAGGAGAUUUGGGAGAUUACAUGGAUCCUACUGUUAGAUAUGUUCCCUUGGAACCUAUAGAGAAUCACAUGAAUGAUGUUGAUCGAUCUCGUCUUGUUAAAUACCUUGAUCCUGAAUUCAUUGAUGCUGAAGUCGAUUCAAAGGCAAAAGAUGCUGGCCAACUCGAGUUGGAACACAAAGAAAAGAUAGACACUGAAUUUGACUUGGACGAGGCUAUUGCAAACGAACUGAGAGGAGUCAACUUGCAGGAAGCCAUGUUAAAUCCUCGAGAAUAUCAGUAUGAACUAUACCAAAAAGCUUUAGAGGAAAAUGUGAUUGUUGUUCUUGAUACUGGUGCUGGUAAAACUCUUAUUUCUGUCAUGCUUAUCAAAUCUAUGGUGUUGCAAGAAAGAGAAGCGCGCCUAACGCGAUUUGAAACAAAAUUAGCUUUUUUCUUAGUAGAGCGUGUGCCUUUAGUUUUCCAGCAGGCAAGUGUCAUCAAAGCCAACUGCGAUGUCAAUUUAGAACAAAUGUGUGGAGAAAUGGAAGUGGAUACUUGGUCAGAAAAGCGAUGGAAACAGAUAUUUGAAGAAAAUGAUGUAUGUGUCAUGACUGCACAAAUCUUUCUAGAUACUCUGCGCCAUGGUUUUAUAAGUCUAGACAAGGUUCAUUUGCUUAUUUUUGAUGAAUGCCAUCAUGCAACAAAAAGACAUCCCUUUAAUCUGAUUAUGCGAGAAUUUUAUGACAGAUGUCCUCUUGGAAAUCGACCCAAGAUUUUUGGCAUGACUGCUUCUCCUAUGCAUUCUCGGUCAAGUGUUCAGUCUAGUGUAGUGCAACUGGAGAAAAACUUGGAUGCUCGAGUCUAUACAGCCAAAAACUUGGAAGAGCUUAAUCAGAGCAUUAACAAAGGUCAAGAAAUUACUGUUGAAUAUCAUUCACCACCAUUUUAUAACGAAACACCUUUAUCAGCUCAAGUGCGAGAAAAACUUGGCAAUAUUCCUAGAUAUAGACGUUGCUUUAUUAUCACAUCAGGCAUCUUGAGCACAUUGGGUCCUUGGUGCAGUGAUUAUAUGUGGAAAAUCAUGCUGACUGAUUUAGAAAAGAAAAUGUCUCGUGCAACCCAAAACUUGGAUAGAGAAGCAUUGAUGCAAGAAGAUCUUGCUCUUAAAGAAACGCAUGAAUUUAUUGAUACAGUACCCUUUCCACGCAAUCCUGAUGUAUACAACACUGAAUUAUUCUCGCCUAAGAUUCAGUUGCUUAUCAAGAUUCUCAACAUUUUUGUCAACAAAUCAACAGAUUUCUGUGGUAUUGUGUUUGUGGAACGAAGACAUACUGCAGUAGCCAUUCAAAAAUUGAUUGAAUCACUCGACUGUCUAAAUAAUGCAAGAUGUAGUGUAUUGACGGGUCAUGGCUCAACUGAAGAAGGUGACAUUCAAAUGACUUUUAAAGAACAAAACAAGAUUAUCGAGAAAUUCAGAACUGGUGAAUUAAACUUGCUUAUUGCUACCAAUGUAGCUGAAGAAGGCCUUGAUAUCCAACCAUGUAAUGUUGUCAUUCGGUUUGAUUUCUUUCAUACGUUGAUUGCUUACAUUCAAUCAAGAGGUCGAGCCCGUAAAAAGGAUUCGAAGUAUGUUGUCCUUGUUGAGUCACAAAACAUGAGCCAGCAUAACAAUUUUCAGGACUUUAGAGCACUUGAAGCAGAAAUGAAGACUUUUUGUCAAAUAUUACCUUCAGAAAGAAACGUUGCCAACAAGUUCUCGGUUGGCCAAGACUUGGAACUUGAUUCGAGUGAUGAAGAAGACUCUGACGAAGAAGACUAUCUUGAAUACUCUAUUAUUGUUCCUGAAACGGGUGCUACAAUCACUAAGCAGAAUGCAGUGCCUCUUUUACACAAAUACUGUAGUUCUUUACCAUCAGACAGUUUUUGUGUACUAAAGCCUAUAUUUGAGACCAUAACUACCGGACAAGGCUUUGUUUGUAAAUUGACAUUACCUAGUAAUGCUGCUAUUCAAGAAUUAACAUCGCCUGUUGUCAGAUCCAAGACGCAAGCAAAGGCUUUGGUUGCAUUACAAGCAUGUGAACAAUUACGUUCACUGAAUGCAUUGGAUAACCAUUUGUUGCCUCAUAAUUAUCGUCGAGAAAUAUUAGGUGAAAUGGCACCUCAGUUUGAUGAAAAUGGCUACAUUAUUGGUAGUAGACGCCGUCAUGGCAUGUAUGAAAAGAGAACACCCAAGUUCUGGGAACGAGAAGCUGAACAGGAAGAAGAAGAGGAAGAUGUAGGCGUAGAAGAUAAUUCUGAUUUACUGCAGGCUCAAGUCAAUCACACCUCAGUCCGUAGAGCUGAGACUGUUUACACUGAAGCAAACCAAAACAAAGAACCAAAUCCAGUCAUUGAUCAAAACGUACCUGAAGCACAUCUUUUACUGAGCGAGCAACAAGAGUCUAACGUAUUGGCUGAAGAUCCAAAGGAACCCGAGAGUCAGAUGAAUGAUUUGGCUACAGAAAACAACCUUUUAGAUCUAGGAGAACCAGAGUCUGAGCAAGUGAAAGAAGAAGAAAUUCAAGAGGAGAAAGAAGAAGAGUUACCAAGUGGUCCUUUCUCUUGUUGGUUUACAGUUUUUGAAGUACAAUUGGAAGGCAAUCAAUUUGAAGAAAUUCCUUACCGUCGUCUCUGCUUGAUAUCCAAAAAACCGUUCCCUACUUUUCCUGACCUUAAACUUUUCCACAAGAGUAACCCCUUCAUGGUCAAAGUACGCAAUAUUGAGACUGAGGUUGUUUUUGAACGAGAAACUAUCUUACUACUGUCUGAUUAUAUGUUGAAAUUGAUGCUGGUUUUGAUCAAUAAGAAGUUCCAUUGCCCUAUUGUCGACAUACCUUAUUACAUUGUGCCUUUAAUUAAACACUCUGAAGAUACCCACUUUGAAGCAUUAACAGCUAAAGAACUCCAAGACUUGGUUGAUUGGCAAGAAGUACAGAACAUUAUAGAAUCAAAGACAGAACCUUUUGAAUUAGGGAGCGAAGAGGACAUGACCGAUGCUAUUGUUGUGGAUACGUCUGACAAUAUGCGUCGUUACUUUGUCACCAAGGUAUGUCAUGAUUUGACUCCUUCAAGCCAGGUACCAGAAGGCUCUGCCAUUCGAGAAGCUGGAUUCACUAUAUUCAAAGACUAUUAUUUGCAAAAGAAGAAGAUUGAAGAAGUGGAUGAAAAUCAACCCUUGUUACAAGUCAAACGACUGAAGAAGGUCAUGAACUUUUUGUAUCCAGGUGUCGUUACACAAGGGAAGAUGAAGGGCCCAAUGUUGACUCAUAGUUUACCUUCUUUCUGUCAGCGAUUCUUUAUGAGCGCUAGUGUCUAUCAAGCAACAAUGAUGAUACCUUCUAUCAUGACACGUGUGGAUUCCUUAUUACUCUGUCGUCAAUCCAUGGCUAGAUAUGACUUGCCUAUUCAUGAUGCAGAGAUGCUUGAGGCCUAUACUACACCUUCUGCUAGUAUGGAAAUGAAUUACGAACGUCUUGAAACUCUUGGAGAUUCCUUGCUUAAGUUUAUUGCCACCAUUCGUUUGUACAUUAACUUUCCUUUCAGUAACGAAGGUGAACUUCAUCAUUUGCGUAUCCGUGUCAUCUGUAAUCGAGCACUGUAUCGAUCAGCCAAGCGUCUCAAGUUUUACAGAUAUAUUACUAGUCAAGCAUUCAAUCGUCGAUACUGGCGCCCACCUCAUUUUACAAGCCCAGUAGACAAUGCAGAAACAAUAGAAGGCUUAAAAUACCAUAGAUUGUCAGAUAAGACAUUAGCCGAUAUUGUUGAAGCAUCUCUAGGUGCUGCUUAUAUCAGCACAGGGCUUGAAGGUGGGUUGCAUACAGCUAUUCAACUUCAGAUUCCGUUUGAUGAAAUCAAGACUUGGGAUGACUUUAAACCAGCCUUUGAGAAGACAAGAAAGAGCUUACCUGCCCGUGCUCAAAUAUCAGAACUUAGAAAGCUGGAUCUUCCUGAACUCUACAAAAUAACAGGGCGUAAAUUUGAACAGCCUCUAUUGAUUGUGGAAGCUUUGACACAUGCCAGUUUGCCUAAUUCAACCACACCUUGUUAUCAAAGACUAGAAUUUCUUGGUGAUGCUAUUCUUGAUUUCUUGGUCAUUCGUUACCUCUAUGCCAAAUAUCCUGAUGCUGAUCCUGGUAUCAUUACAGAUCUAAAGGAUUCAUGUGUCAAUAAUCAUAUUCUCGGCAUUGUGUGCAGUGAAGUUGGAUUAUACAAGCAUAUCAUUCACUAUUCAGGCAGACUGGUCCGUGCUAUUGAGCAAUUUGUGGGAGAAGUAGAAGAAGUGAAAGAAAGAGGUGAGGCAGUGGGUGAAUACUGGGUUGAUUUCAAUACACCCAAAGUAUUGUCUGAUGUUGUUGAAAGUAUGCUUGGUGCUACUUUUGUAGAUGCUGGUUUCCGGUUGGAACCUGUAGAGAAUUUGUUUGCCAAAUGGUUUUUGCCCAUUUUAGAUAACCAUGUUACACCCGAGUUAAUCAGAAUCCACCCUCUGCGAAAGUUCUUGACAGAUUUACAGCGUUUUGGCUGUGAUGGUUUUAUGUUGAGAAACCAUUGUACUGGCGAAACUGGCCCUGAAAGUCAAAAAUGUGUCAUCUUCUUACACGGUAAGCCAUUGGCUUGUGGAUCUGAUUGGAAUAUCAAGACAGCACGUCGACAUGCUGCUACAAAGGCCAUGGAAAGACUUCAGGAUGAACCUGAUUUGCUUGAAUCUGUCUGUAACUGCCGAUUCUCUAUGGUGAAACGAGGCUUAAUGGAAAAUACAAAGGCUAAGCAUGGAGAGGAAGAGGAAGAUGAUUAAGCUUUUUGACAAAAUAAAGAUUUCAUCACGUGACUUUCUUC